GGGAAAUAACUUCUGUUUCCCCUAAGUGUCCAAAGCAUUCACAUAUUUUGGAAGUAGCUUGAUUAAAGAAAAAUAAAUAUGUAGAGAUCAAUGCCACCAAAGUUGGGUCUCCCAAUGCUCUUGUGUUGCACAGUAGAUGGAGAACGAGUUCGCCAAAAGCCAAGUCUCCCCCCUAAACCCAACAUUCCGAAGAAGCCCACAGCGGGCCCAGGGGUACCAGUGGGCCCCCCCAGAGGGUCCAGGCCACUAUGAAAACACUACCGUCGAGAGAUGGCUCCCCCAUAGCAGAUCCGCAGCUCCCUCCAGUCGCAGGGGGUGACGUCUGGGGCCAGGGGGAGGUGACACCCCCUCCCUCUGGUCCUGCCACCUUGUCCCGCUCCCCCACUGUCCAGGCGGGUGAGGGUCAGCUGACCCCCCGCACCAACUCCCUCACCCGUGGGAUUCAGAAGAUGCUGAAGGCAGCAUCACGGUCCAAGGAAGAUGGCAUGAGGGCACGGGAACCGAGCCCCACUCUGGAGCGUUCCAAGUCUGCAUUCUAUAAGAGCGAAGUGGCGAAUGAGAAGCGCUCAGCACUCCAACGCCGUUCUUGGUCUCUGUCUCGUAAAGGGGAGACAGUAGCCAAUGGUGAUGAUACAGAGGCACACCACAGCACUCUCUCGCAAAGCAGUAAAGAGGGCUCUCCAACCAAAGGGCACCUCCCUAACAGAUGACUCAAUCUCCAAGGACAAGAAGAAAA